AGAGGAAGUUCAGCUGCAUACACAUCGAGGCAGGCAAGUUAGGGGGGAUAAAUAAUAUCACAUUCUUCCGUAUGACUAUAAAAGAUUGUGUUCCCUGGCUUGCAUGAUUGGUCAUGCAAAUUCCUCAAGACUUUGGGUCAACCGUAAAAAACUUCCUUUUUUUAAAAACUUAUACUUAUUUCACGAGGGAUGGUGUGUGCUACUAACUGCAUAAUGCGGAUCUCCUGAGCUAUAGUGCUGCAUGAAGAUGAUUGCUCAGAUAAUCGGGUGGUUUGUAUUUCUGGCGCUAACAAAAAAUUUUUCUCAUGCGCUUCAUGAAGUCAGAUUUAAGCUAGUAGACCAACACCAGACAGCAUUUGUGGGAUCCUGUGCUGAAAUCAAAUGCCAAGUCACUUCUGAUCUUGAUACUGAAGGUGCAUACUGGUUUUGGAUGAAAGAUGCUGUCUAUAAUGAUACCAGAGGAGAUUUUGAUGCUACUAUCAUUUACAGCACAAAUGAUUCAAAACGCCCUGUCAGUCCUGACUUUCAAAAGAGAGAAGUGAAAUAUAUCGGGUCUAAUCCUUCAGACUGGAAAAGUGCUUAUUAUAGAACACCAAAGCCACAAUGCAGCAUUUUGAUCUGCAACCUGAAUAAAAAUGACAGCGGAAACUAUUCUGUCAGAUUUGUAAAAUCUUCUACAUUAAAGUGGAAAACAACAUCAGAUGUGAACCUCACAGUUAUAGAUAAUCCAUGUCCCAUCACUUUUGUGCAAAAACCACCGAUCGUGAAGGAAUUUGACCAGAUAGAAUUCACAUGCUCCACUUUAAAUUCAUGUCCUUCAAAGCUACAAAUUCAAGAAUCGACACAACCGCCUUUUUUGCUUGGAAACCCUGAACGGGGAAGCAAUGUCCACAGUUUGACAGCCACCUGGCAGGAUGAUGGGAAGACUUAUUCAUGCCAAACACAAAAUAACAAAGACCCAUAUUUGAUUCAGAACAUCACUCUAAAUGUCGAAUAUGCUCCUAAAGAGAUGGUGGCUAAAAUACAACCUGCCAACAUCAGGGAAGGACAACCUGUGACUCUCACCUGCUCCGCCAAAGGAAAUCCUGACCCCUCUUUUACGUGGUUUAAAAAUGAUACGGAAAUUGUAUAUUCAGGGGCACAGACAUGGCAGAUCACAUCAAUUAAUGAUUCCCAGAGUGGAGAGUACCAUUGUGUAGCAGAAAACAAACAUGGAAAAUUACCAUCAAAGCGACUUACUAUUAAUGUUAAAUAUGCACCUCGUGUUGAGGUAGAGAUGACUCCAAAUGCUUCUGAGGUUAGAGAAGGAGAUAAAAUUACUUUAACAUGUAAUGUGAAGAGAAGCAAUCCAAGACCUAGCCGUUAUGUGUGGCAGAAAAAUCAGAGAAAUAUUGGGUACAAUAUCCAGUAUGUUAAAACAGUCAGGCCUGAGGAUCAUGGCUCAUACACAUGUACAGCCACUAACAUAGUGGGAAGUGGAACAUCGGAGCCACUUAACAUUAAAGUUAAAUACAUGCCAAGGAAGCCAACCCUUUCUUCCAGUACUUGGGAUAAUACUGUGAAAGUUGGUGGCUCCAUCACACUCACCUGUGCGACUGAUGCAAAUCCUCCCCCAUCUAGAUACUCUUGGUACCGUUACAACGAAAAUAAACAGGCAGUCCCUCAGACGGAUCUUAAUACAACAAACCAACUGAUUUUGAAGAAUGUACAAAGAACAGAUGAAGCCCAGUAUAUGUGCAACGCAACCAACAGCAUCGGUACAGGAGAGAAUAGCACGCCGCUGAACCUAAGAGUACGCUAUGGUCCCAGCAAUGUUGUGCUGUCUAUGGAUACUGAGGUCAAAGAAGGUCAGCUCAUCAGCAUCACCUGCACUGUUGAGAGCUUCCCAUCUUCACAGCUCCAGUUGACAAAUCCCACAUUAGAUCUUCGGCCUUCAAAACUGUACAGAAUCAAGGAGGAAUCCAACUUUCUCCAAUACACAUUUUCUGUAACUUCAGCCCACAUGGGGUUGUACACCUGCAGGGCAAAGAACAACGACGGUUCAAGAAAUAGCCCACCGAGGAAGUUGGUGGUGAAAUAUCGUCCCAAAGACGUGAAAGUGCAAGUUGAGCCUGGUGCUACCGUGAAUGAAAACAAAUUUUUGAGACUGCGCUGCAGCGCCAACUGCUACCCAAAAGCGACUUCUUUCGCCUGGAUGAAAAUGACUGAUGGGAAGAAUGAAAAGAUGCAGGACACUCGGGAGACCGUGGAAAUAAAGUCUGUCAGUGUUUCUGACGCAGGACAGUACAGCUGUGAAGUCAGUAAUGAAAUGGGGACUGGACUCUCAGAGAAAGUUGAGGUUAAAGUCAAGUAUGCUCCAAAACACGCGCACAUCGUCAAAGGAGCAGAGCAGCAGGACUCUGACGGGACACGUUUUGUGAUGCUGAGCUGCGACAGUCAAAGUUAUCCCCCAAUCAAGGAAUAUUCAUGGUACAAGAAGGAUGAGAAUAUAGAUAGAAAAGUGUCUCAAAGUCAGUUCUUCAAAGUGUCUUCAAACGAUCCGGGAGUCUACUACUGCAUCGCAAAAAAUGAAAUGAGUCAAAAACAGUCUGAUCCCGUCAAUCUUUUUGACCGAGGCUAUAUGACGUUCCUGAAGUUCUUCUUCCUCAUUCUUAUUAUUCUGCUCAUAGGUUUCUCAUUUUUCUUUGUCUACAGACACAAGAGGAACAAUUCAACGAUUCAACAAACAAACACAAACACGUCACCCUAUUUUGAUUUUCUGGAUUGGUGGAAUAGCGCGAGUUUGAGAAAUAUGAGAAACGACCCCAUCACGGCAGAGCCUUUCAGGAGUAGAGAUGACCUCUUGCCAGACCAGCCGUGCCAUUCAAAUGCCCAACGACACCAGCCUCAACCAGACAGCACGCCUGCAUCCAACAUCGACACCGUUUACUGCACUGUGAAACUGCCCGCUGGAAAUACGGGGCCUUCUGCACAAAAGCCAGUCAGACAGCAAGGUGGAAACACAGAGGAUGAUUCUCUCAACUACGCUUCUAUAAACUUUGGAAAUAAACAAAAGAGAAAAAAAACAAAGGACAAAGUGGAAGAUGUGUACGCUGUGGUGUCCAAGAAAAAGCCACCUAAAAAGAAUGGGCAAGAAAAGCAUGAAGAUUACGAGAACGUCAGUGCAGCAGAUCAAGCCAAAUCCCCAGAUCCGUUUAACUAUGACACAGACACUAGUGAAGAUGACGUAGAGAUCACUUAUACACAGGUUUCUUUUAAAGCGAAGCCUGGACAUCAGAGAUCCAACAGAGACUCCAGCACAUCGGAUGAAGAAGAGACCCAAUACUCUGACGUCAAAAUCUGAGUUAAGAUAUUUUUAUCCUACCUUAAAGGUACAACCACCUUGUUACUGAGCCACAUGAAGUUGUGUUCAUAGUCAAUUAUCAGGUUUUGUUUAUUAAAAAAAAGGUUUUACUGUCCUGUUUUUACAUUAGAUGAUGUUUUUUCUACCGAUUCAUUUAACAAGUACCAAACAGAAGGGAGGACAGUGACAACGUUAAGAGCUUAAUCCAAACCUCCAAAACCAUGUCACAAUGGAAUAUAAAUAAAAGUCCAUUUUGACAUAUUUGUUCAAGAGUUAGAAAAGAAAGUGGGAAAAUGUUCGCAUUUAUAACAGUUUAAUGACAUUUUUGAA